AUGGCAGCCUCCAGUCUAGGAGCUUUUCUAAAGAUCGAGAGUUCUUCGCAGAUCUCCACUCCCCCGCCUGCAGUGCGGAAGGAUAAGCAAGGCGUCACGCAGCCUCCGUCGGAUUAUGAACUCAAUGAGCUACUGCCACAAAAAGGCUCGACUCGAGUGACUGCUGAGCCAGUAUCUUCGUCACCAACAGGCGCAUCCGCACCAGCGCCUACCCCAAGCGUAUUAGAAAGCCGUCUGCCAACCCCAGACGAUGAAGCCACAGAGUGGGCCCCAGAUCGAACCAAUCCUUCAUGGAAAACCAAAUGGCGGCUGUUGAGCGUUAGUUUCAUCAAUUUCGGCAAUGGAAUGAACGAUAGUGCUCCCGGUGCCUUGAUUCCCUACAUCGAGAAACACUAUGGCAUCGGAUACGCUGUCGUAUCGCUGAUUUUUGUGACCAAUGCCCUCGGGUUCAUCUCGGCGGCGCCAGUCACACAUGCCCUGGAGGUCAAGCUAGGCCGUUCGAAGAGCUAUAUGCUUGCGAUGGCUUGUCUGGCGGUCAGUUAUGUGGUCAUCAUCUGCCAACCGCCUUUCCUAGUGGUCGUAACCUGCUUUUUCUUUCUCGGGUUCGGGAUGGCUCUCAGUCUGGCUCUUAGCAAUGUGUACUGCGCAAAUCUAGCCAAUGCAACUACAGCCCUAGGCUGUUUUCAUGGAUCAUAUGGUAUUGGAGGAACGGUCGCACCGCUUUUUGCGACUGCUAUGGUGUCGAGUGGGAUCCGCUGGUCGAUCUUCUAUUCUAUUACCUUAGCUUUCUGUCUGCUCAAUCUUGCGUUCUCUUCGUGGGCAUUCUUCAACUAUGAGAAAGACACCCCGGCAGAGCCGCAACGACCUCUUCACCAGACAACUUCUCGCCCCACAAGUAUUACUGGCGAAACCAUGACCCGAGCACAGAUUCUCAAAAAGUCCAUCAAGAACCGGACUACCCUGCUUGGUGCCUUAUUCAUCUUCGCUUACCAAGGAGCUGAGGUUUCCGUUUCUGGAUGGGUGGUUUCUUUCCUGAUCAGUUAUCGAAAUGGCGACCCCUCGCGGGUUGGAUACGUCAGCGCAGGAUUUUGGGCUGGAAUAACGGCUGGCAGGUUUCUGCUCACUCAUCCGGCAGCGAGACUAGGCGAAAAGACAGCCGUAGUCCUGAUGGUAGCCGGUGCUGUAGCUUUUCAGCUGCUGACUUGGCUCAUCCCCAAUGUUAUCGGGGAAGCUGUCACGGUUGCAAUUUUGGGCGUCUUGCUUGGAGCUGUGUAUCCGUGUGCCACGGUGGUUUUUACGAGGCUGCUGCCGCGAAGUAUGCACAUGUCUAGUCUAAGCUUCAUCAGUGCCCUUGGCAGCAGCGGUGGAGCGGUCUCGCCCUUCUUUACCGGUAUUCUCGCGCAGAAGGUGGGUACUAUGGUCCUGCAUCCGAUUUGUAUCGGUCUGUAUGGGGUGAUGGCUACGAGUUGGUUGUUGCUGCCGAAGAUUUCGAAGAGAUCCGAGUAA